CUAGUCGUUGAAGGGUUGCACGUAAACUGCAGUCCCCGGCAACGCGCAAGCGUUUAGCACCUCUUAACAGAUUUAGCAGCAGCAGUGAUCAUUACUGGAUUAAAAAAGGACAAUUUACCGCCGAACUGGAGCUGACUGUUUGUUGUGGAAGUUUGUUACAACUUUGGAGGAGAAGGAGUCGGCGGCUGAAAGACUGAAGCCUAUGGUCAUGAAGUAGAAGAGCUGAGCGGACCCAGGCGUUAGGCCUGCAGAUACAUAGUGUUAGCCAGCAGAGCUAGCUUAUGUGGAGCUAUUUGUAUUUGUCACUGAGUAAACCAGCAAGGUGCUAUUUUUGUUAGCAUAACAUAGCAAAUCUCAAAUCGGCUAGCUUGUUUUGACGCGGAUAUACAGACCGAACCUGCCAGGGUCCAAUACACUUAGACAUUUCCUGAAGUUUCACUAAGUUUUACGUUCCCUUUGAGCUAAAGUCUCGUAGGAGCUGCGACUUUUUAGUUACGGACAGAAUCGAGCUUUUGGUUUAGGAAAGGAAAGGUUUGUCUGCAAAAGUAAUCAAUCUUUAUAGGAGAUUGCAUGUUGAUGAUAAAACCCCAGUUAGACGCAGUCCGGACCGCUCGCUCUUUCUACCCCUCCGCUGGACUACAGUUAACAUUUGAAAUCCUUCACACCCAGUCCCGCCGACCAUUGUCUUCUGUCUCUGGCCGGCUUCAGUGGCUGGCCACACGGCACUGAGUGCCCAAUGGAGGAACAUGACAACAUGGACUAUUUUUACCAGCAGGUACUGCAGAAGGAUGUAACCCGCAGACUGCAGGUUGGCCAGGACCUGAUUGACUACCUGAACGACCCGCAACGUUCUCCGGACGUAGAGCAGGACAAACCUCGGUUGGACAAAACCAUAGACGAGUUAACGGGAUGGGUAAACUCUAGCAAUUUCAAGGUGGCAUUGUUAGGGAUAGACAUAUGCGGUGCAUUCGUGGACCGCUUGGGAGAGCGGUUCAAAGGAUAUCUUGGCACAGUCUUGCCAGCUCUGGUGGACAGGCUGGGUGAUGGGAAGGACCAGGUCAGGGAGAACAGCCAAGCUCUCAUCCUGCGAUGCAUGGAGCAGACUUCUUCACCCAUGUACGUUUGGGAAAGGCUGCUUCCUGGUUUUAAACACAAAAACUUCCGCAGUCGAGAAGGAACCUGUCUCUGUCUCAGUGCCACGCUCAGCGCGUAUGGAUCCCAGCCCCUGAGCCUCAGUAAAUUAGUUCCUCAUCUCUGCUCUCUAACAGGAGACCAAAACCCACAGGUACGCGAGGCCUCUAUAACAACAUUGGUGGAUGUUUAUCGUCACGUUGGAGAAAGGGUCCGAGCAGACCUGGGAAAGAGAGGACUUCCAGCUGCACGGUUACAGACAAUAUUUUCUCGUUUUGAUGAAGCCUUGAAUUCAGGAAACAUGGCUCUCAGCCCAAGUCACGAUCGUAGUUUUGAUGACGACGACAGUGUGGAUGGACGUUCUUCCUCAGCCCAGGCUGCCUUCAAGGUUCCCAAAGUUCCCAAAAAGCCUGCAGAAUCCUCUGCUGCACGCAGGCCCAGCGCCACUGGCGGCAAGCUAGUGUCAAAGGAAAGUGCUGGAGCAGUUGAUGAAGAAGAUUUCAUUAAAGCCUUCACAGAUGUCCCUACUGUCCAGAUCUACUCAACAAGAGAUCUUGAGGACAACCUUAACAAGAUCCGCGAGAUCUGCUCUGAUGACAAACAUGACUGGGACCAGAGAGCCAACGCUCUGAAGAAAAUUCGCUCAUUGCUGGUUGCAGGCGCUGCCAGUUACGACUGUUUUUACCAGCACUUACGGCUACUAGAUGGAGCCUUCAAACUGUCUGCAAAAGACCUGCGCUCACAAGUGGUUCGAGAGGCCUGCAUCACUGUGGCCCACCUGUCAUCAGUAUUGGGAAAUAAAUUUGACCACGGAGCAGAGGCCAUAGUACCCGUCCUGUUCAACCUCAUCCCCAACUGUGCCAAAGUCAUGGCCACCUCUGGUGUCUCAGCCAUCCGUAUCAUUAUACGCCACACCCAUGUACCCAGGCUCAUUCCCCUGAUAACCAGUAACUGCACAUCCAAGUCUGUGGCCGUUAGAAGGCGCUGCUAUGAUUUCUUGGACCUUCUGCUACAAGAAUGGCAAACCCACUCUUUAGAAAGGCAUACUGCAGUUCUGGUUGAAAGCAUUAAAAAGGGAAUUCGAGAUGCUGACUCGGAGGCCAGAGUAGAGGCCCGCAAGACCUACUGGGGUCUGAGGAACCACUUUCCAGCAGAGGCAGAUGCCCUUUAUAACUCCUUAGAGUCUUCAUACCAGAGGACGCUCCAGUCCUGUCUGAAGAGCUCUGGCAGUGUGGCUUCACUUCCCCAGAGUGACCGUUCCUCAUCUUCCUCUCAAGAGAGCCUCAAUCGUCCUUUGUCUUCCAAGUGGUCGGCAGCUCCAGGGCGAGUCCCUACCAGUUCAAAAAAGGCUGGGGUGUCGCCGGCCUCCCUGCAGCGUUCCCGUAGCGAUGUGGAUGUAAAUGCAGCAGCAGUUGCUAAACAACGCCACGUCGGACAGACCAGGGGAGCGGGCCAUCUGCCCCCUGGCUCCUACUAUUCUCUGGAUGAUGCCUCUGAUAAAACGGAUGGAACCAGGUCAGACAAUGGCCGAGUUCGUGCCAAGCAGCCCUUGUCUACACCCAGCAGCAUGUCAAGCCAGGUGGACUCACGAGGACGCAGCCGCACCAAGAUGGUGUCCCAGUCACAACGUUCCGACGAAUCCGAUUGCACACCAGGAUCUCAGUCUGCUAACCCUGUCGGUGCUGGCAGUCGAAGUGGCUCCCCCGGUCGUGUGCUGACAACAACAACCCUGAGUACCAUGAGUACCGGGGCACACAGGGUGCUUGCCGGAGCCACUGGGGACGGGCACAGACGGAGCCGCAUCCCUCGCAGCCAGGGUUGCUCCAGGGACUCUUCACCCACUCGCCUGUCUGUUGCUCCUUCUAGCAUUAGUUCCAUCUACAAUGGCGCAAGCAGAGGAGCUCGGGGCAGUCGUAUCCCACGGCCCAGUAUGAGUCAGGGCUGCAGCAGAGAGGCCAGCAGGGAGAGCAGCCGGGACACCAGCCCCGUACGCUCCUUCACACCUCUGGCAACCCGGAGCUACUCUCGCUCCACCGGAGCUCUCCACACACCUGAUGCUUUUGGGGCUGCAGGAUCAGGUUUUGGCAUCAGUCAGUCUAGUCGUCUCUCUUCUUCUGUCAGUGCCAUGAGGGUCCUGAACACUGGUUCAGAUGUAGAAGAGGCUCUUGCAGAUGCACUGCUGUUGGGAGACAUGAGAUCCAAGAAAAAGCCUGCACGGCGGCGGUAUGAGAACUACGGCAUGUAUUCCGAUGACGACGCCAACAGCGAUGCAUCCAGCGCCUGUUCAGAGAGAUCCUACAGCUCCAGGAACGGAGGAGCCAUCCCCACUUACAUGAGGCAAACAGAAGAUGUUGCUGAGGUCCUUAACCGCUGUGCCAGUGCCAACUGGUCUGAGAGGAAAGAGGGUCUGUUGGGUCUCCAGGCACUACUUAAGAACCAGCGCACCCUCAGUCGGGUAGAGUUAAAGAGACUGUGUGAAAUCUUCACCAGAAUGUUUGCAGACCCUCACAGUAAGCGAGACUCCGGCAGGGUGUACGGCACGGCAGAAUCCGGUAUAAGCUCAGCCUCCUUCAAGAGAGUGUUCAGUAUGUUCCUGGAGACUCUGGUAGAUUUCAUCCUGGUUCACAAGGACGACCUGCAGGACUGGUUGUUUGUCCUGCUUACGCAACUGCUGAAGAAGAUGGGAGCAGACCUGCUGGGCUCAGUACAGGCCAAAGUUCAGAGAGCUCUGGACAUCACAAGAGAGUCUUUCCCCAACGAUCUCCAGUUCACUAUUCUGAUGAGGUUUACGGUGGACCAGACACAGACGCCCAACCUCAAGGUGAAGGUAGCUAUUCUCAAGUACAUUGAGACGCUGACACUACAGAUGGAAGCUCCAGACUUUGUUAACUCCAGUGAGACUCGACUGGCUGUCUCUCGCAUCAUCACCUGGACGACUGAACCGAAGAGCUCAGAUGUCAGAAAGGCUGCCCAGGCAGUUCUAAUCGCACUGUUCCAGCUCAACACUCCAGAGUUCACGAUGCUGCUGGCAGCUCUUCCCAAAACCUUUCAGGACGGCGCCACCAAGUUGCUUCAAAACCAUCUGAAGAACACGGGCAACGCUGCUCAGGCACCAAUGGGCAGCCCAUUGACCCGCCACACCCCCCGCUCUCCAGCUAGCUGGUCCAGUCCUGUCACUUCACCCACUAACACCUCCCAGAAUACUCCGUCACCAAGUGCAUUUGACUAUGACACUGAAAACAUGAACUCUGAGGACAUCUACAGCUCUCUGAAAGGCGUCACUGAGGCGAUCCAGAACUUCAGUGUUCGCAGCCAAGAAGACAUGAACGAUCCCAUGCAACGACGAGAAGGAGAGGAGGGAGGCAGCGGGACAGAUGGCAGAGGGUCUGACAACGUGGAUGGUGGCCGCAUGGCUCUUGAUAACAAGACUUCCCUCCUCAACACCCCCCUGCUUUCCUCCAGUCCCCGAGGGGCCCGUGAGCACUUGUCUGACUCCCCCUUCAAACACAGCCGUAAAGAUACCAGCCUGGAUGACUCAGAGCUCCUCACUGACGAUAGUAACCUUGACCAAUCUGAGCUGGUGGCCGAGCUGCUCAAGGAGUUGUCCAACCAUAACGAGCGCAUCGAGGAAAGGAAGGCAGCGCUGUGUGAGCUGCUGAAGUUGAUUCGUGAAAACACGCUGCAGGUGUGGGACGAACACUUCAAGACCAUCCUGCUACUGCUGCUGGAGACGAUGGGCGACAGAGAGCAUGUGAUCCGAACGCUGGCUUUGCGUGUGCUGAGAGAGAUUCUCAGUAAGCAGCCUUGGAGGUUCAAGAACUAUGCAGAGCUCACCAUCAUGAAGGCCCUGGAGGCUCACAAAGACCCCCACAAAGAGGUGGUACGAGCAGCAGAGGAGACGGCAGCCAUGUUGGCUCUGUCCAUCAGUCCAGAGCAGUGUAUCAAAGUGUUGUGUCCCAUUAUCCAGUCAGCUGAUUACCCCAUCAACUUAGCUGCCAUCAAGAUGCAGACCAAGGUGGUGGAGAGGAUUCCUCGUGAGGGUCUGAUCAGCAUGCUGCCUGAGAUAGUGCCAGGUCUCAUACAGGGUUACGACAACUCUGAGAGCAGUGUAAGGAAAGCCUGUGUGUUCUGCCUGGUGGCCAUCUAUGCAGUGAUAGGAGAGGACCUCAAACCACAUCUUGGCCAACUCUCCAGCAGCAAGCUGAAGCUGUUAAAUCUGUACAUCAAGCGUGCCCAGUCCGGCUCCAGCGGCAGUGAACCCCCAUCCGAGGGCCUAUAGAAGAGAUGCUCGUAUCCCACCAGGCGACCACAGAACUGCAGCUGUGCCCACUAAGCCUAAAACAUCUGCUCAUGAUCCCACACCCACAUGAACUGAAAAUAAAACACAGAUCCAGACUUAACAAAAGCAAACUGCUUACAUCCACAACAGACAUGGUGUCAGACACAAACAUACAUAGGCAUACACCAUCCUCAUGUUUCCCGCCUCACCUCAUGAUGGGAGUUGGUGCAGAGGAGAGGAACGUUGUAGUUCUCCUCAUCGUUACUGAGCAUCUAUCUCGAUGUCAGACUGAACUGAACCCUUAAAUCUCAAUUAAAUAUAAACAUACUCCACCCAGAUUUGUCAUUUGUCACUCAAGGAUGAAGAUAUGAAAUGUCCGUCCUGUCCAGCAGUAUACACUCAGAACAAAUGUCUUUGUGUCAAAAGAAGUGGUGUAUCUGCUUGGUUCUCAUUUUUCUGAGGGUUAACAUUCAUCAAACACUUCAAUAAACAAAACUGUGCUUUACUUUUCUUUUCUUUUUUUUCUUUCACAAGUGAGUAACUUGGGGCCAGGUAGACAGGAAUGUAAAUUUACAUUGAGAUAUUGUUCCAUUUUAUUUCACACAUUUAGGCUUUACUAGUAGUUUUAAUUCCUGGAGUUUUAUUUCUCACUCACACAUCAACACAUGCUCUCCCUUCUAGAAAGAGGCUGAUUAGCCUCAAAAGGUACGACCGACUGACACCUCUGCACAGCACUAAUGCAAGUCAGGGCGAGGAACGCCUGCUCGUGGUAAACAGUGCAGACAGAAUGCAGAUUAUAGGAGGUGUUACAUGCUUGGCUAUGCAUGAGACUACAUUAAAAGAGAGAGAACUUUUUAUUGGGGGCCUGUUGACAGAGUAGUGUGACUGGGGUUUUAAAUUAAUGUGAAAAAUGUCCACCCUUUUCAGAUCGGUCCAUGGUGUUCUCCAUUUGUCCCAGCUCAUCUUGGAUCAGCCCAUUUCUGGGUCACGUUCGGAGGAAGAUGAGUUUCUGCUGCUUUACUACAUGAAGUAUGACAGGACAUGGCAUAUUACCACAUAGUGGAUAUGUAUCUAUAUAUGAUAUUAAAACGGAAUAUCCAGUAAUGGUGUUGUCUAGGAGAGUCCCCCAGGGGGGGUGCAUGCACGCACCUUCGCCCAUCCUUGUUUUUAUUUAUCGCUCUCAGUUGCGCGUGCAGUAGUUUCUCACUUUCUUUUUUCUCUCAGCUGAGAAAUUUGUAGAAAUGUAUUAUUUACAGCUCUGAAAAAGUCAUGUUCUCACUUUACUCUUUUCCUGUUCGUGUCUUUCUUUCCUUCCUCCCUCUUGUUGUAACAUUCUAGUUUUCACUGUUUUCUCCGUGCAUUUACAAAGCUGUGCUUACAAUAAAAGAACUUGUACAGAUCAUAA